AUGUCAACCCUCACACCAUACACAUUAUUCGCAUUCUAUGCAUUAGAAUCCAGACUACACAAUGUUGAGAGAACUCUAAAACUAUCUGAUUUCAAGAAGAAAUUAGGAUUGGAACCAAACGUAUUGGAACGUUCACCAAUAUUUGUCACUUGGAACAUAUUGGAUAGACAUGGCACUACACAAUUGAGAGGGUGUAUUGGGAAUUUUAACUGUCUGCAAUUGGAGCGAGGUGUUGCUGAUUAUGCCCUACUUGCCGCUUUUGAUGAUUCGAGAUUUGCUCCAAUUACUGAAGCUGAGUUACCAAGAUUGUCUGUCGGUGUCACAUUGUUACAAAAUUUUGAAGAAGUUGAUGAUCCAUUAGAUUGGGAAUUGGGUAAACAUGGUAUUAGAAUCAAAUUCUCCAAGAAUGGUGAAGAAUAUGGCGCUACUUUCUUACCAGAUGUUGCUCCAGAACAAGGAUGGGAUAAGAAGCAAACAAUACAACAUCUGGUUGCUAAGGCUGGUUAUAGAUGGAGUAAAAUCAAUAUUGAAGAUAUUCAAGUGACUCGUUAUGAAGGAGUCAAGUCUAAACUUACUUAUGAAGAGUAUAAAGAUUUUAUGAAGUCAAUAGAAGCAUGA